AUGUUCUGCUCGACAUCAAUACGAAGAGUGAUAUUCCCCAAGAAAAACCUGGAUUUAACCAAAAUUGUCAAACCAAUAACCCCAAAUGAUUCUUUCGUUAGCUGCACGGUAUUCGAUCUCAAUGGGAACGUCAUUGCUGUCUCUAAGCAUUUCCCCAAGAUGAAGUUUUUACAAGAACAUGGAUUAUACCCUAGAGAUUUAAGAAAAAUCGAUACAUCAGCAAUCGAUAUCAUUCCUUCGAUUGUGGUUAGAGAUAAUUGUAUCUUGGUCAACCUAUUACAUAUUAAAGCAUUAGUGGAAGCUAAUAAAGUGAUGAUUUUCGAUACGAGUAACCCUUCAGCUGCUUCAAAAUUAGGAUUGUUUGUUUAUGAUUUAGAAGCAAAAUUGAAAACUCCAAGUACGGGAUGGGUCCAGCAAUAUGAACAUAGAGCAUUAGAAUCAAUUUUAAUUAAUGUUAUGACUUGUUUGGAAACGGAACUACAUCAUCAUUUGAGUGUUUGUGGGUUGAUUUUGGCAGAAUUGGAAGAUCAAAUAGAUCGUGAUAAACUACGUGAUUUAUUAAUUAAAUCAAAAGCUUUGAGUACUUUUUAUCAAAAGGCUUUAUUGAUUAGAAACGUCUUGGAUGAGUUAUUAGAAAAUGAUGAUGAUUUAUCAGGGAUGUAUCUAACUGAAAAAUUACAAUCCACCAUAACAACACCACCGGAAGAACGUACUGAUUAUGGUGAAGUGGAAAUGUUAUUAGAAGCCUAUUACAAACAAUGUGAUGAAUUUGUUCAACAAUCAGAGUCUUUAAUUAAUGAUAUUAAGUCUACUGAAGAGAUUGUCAAUAUCAUUUUGGAUGCAAAUAGAAAUUCAUUAAUGCUUUUUGAAUUAAAAGUUACCAUUUAUACAUUGGGGUUCACAGUGGCUACAUUACUACCAGCUUUCUAUGGUAUGAACUUGAAAAAUUUCAUUGAAGAAUCACAAUUAGGAUUUGGAACAGUUGUUGGUGUUUCAGUCAUUUUAGCAUUCUUGGUUACAUCUGCAAAUUUCAAAACACUAAGAUCUGUUCAGAAAUUAACACUAAUGGCUCCAGGUACAAAAUCAUCAGCAAAGCAAGCAUUCAUGAAGCAAACACCACCACAACCACCAUCAUCUUCAAAACCUUAUGCAUCAACUGCACAUAAAAGAUUUUCUUUAGCACAAAGAUUUAGACUAUUUAGACGAAAAAGAUUGAUGGGAGAUCAAAAACAGCGGGACAUUGUUUGGAAAUGGUUGAUAGAGGAAAAAUCCAAGCAAUGA